AUGUCUUCUAAAGCUAACUUAUAUUCGGUUACUCAAUUACGUACCAUAGCUGAUGAAAACUUAUCAGAAGUUUUUGGAAGUCUUGGAUAUGAAGAAUCUUUCACUUUUACUGAUUUCAAAUUAGGUCUCGGUUUGAUAACUGUUGCAUUAAGUGGAGGUUUAUUCCUUAUUGAGAAGAAGAUCAGUUUCAAUGAUUCUUAUUAUCCAACAAUCGGUAUAUUGGUCCUUUAUUUCAUCACCAGUGGGAUUUUAUGGGUUUUUACUCAAAGUUCCAAAUAUAAAGAUAUUAAAUUCAUUGGUACUAAUGAUGCUAAUGAAAAGAUUACUUGUCUCACAUCCACCACCAAAUAUGAUCCUAUAUACAAUAUUGAAUUACAAUUCGGUGAAGAACGUAAGAAAACCUCCAUUGAAUUCAUGAAAAUGUUUGAUGAUUUUUCAAACUUCCAUCCUGAUAACUUGACUGAAGUUUUGAAGAAGGAAAUAGAGAAAGUAGCUAAGAAGGACCAGUAA